CACACUCGUUCUUCUACUCUUUCCUGUCUUUUCUCGCAAGCUGAGCGAUCUCCAUUCCAGAUGAAUCGCAGAAGGCAGUCGAAGAUGUCGGCCUCUACUUCGAGGAAGUCCGCCUCUCCGUCCUCCUCCUCACCUCUUCCUUGUUCUAGUCCUCUCCACAACAUACUCCUUUUUGCUGGCGCCUUGCGUCUCGCUCUGAUCCUCUUCAGUGAGAUCGAUUUUGCGACACUGCUGCGGCAAGAUACGGAGAGUCCUGGCGUCAAAUAUACCGACGUGGACUAUGAGGUGUACACCGACGCUGUUAAGGCUCAAAAUGUUUCAUUUCCAGGUGUCGUUUUGCUUCCUCUUGGGACGUUGAGAAAUAACGAGGUAAAGAAAUGAAUUUUUACUUUGAUGAGCUCUAACGCUACAGCAUUGCUCUAUCACGGCAAAAGCAUCUACGAACCGAGUCAAGCGGAUCUACGUGAAGUGUUUGGCCCAGAUAAGCGGUCCGUUUUGCAAGAUGAGUUGACAAAGUACCGCUAUUCACCACUCAUAGCGUUGUUGAUGGUGCCGAAUGUUAUUAUGAUUUCUGGCUCCUUUCUGAAUUUCUUGAGAUUGAGAGUUCAUCUUACGAAAAGGGCAGCAAACAUUGCCAGCAAACAUUGACUCAUCUUCCUCUAAUUCCACACUCCUCUCCGCAUGGGGCAAAAUCUUCUUUUCCGUUUGUGACUUGCUGGCUGCUAUCGUAUUGUGGAGUUUGGUUGGGAGACUCUACGAAUCUACUGAAGUUGACCAGGUGACGGUCAGCAAUCUUCAGUGUGCUGCCACCAUAAGUUUCCUUUGGAAUCCAUUCGUCUUUGCACUAAGCACACGAGGAAGCUGCGACUCACUUGUCAGUUUGCUGCUUUUUCUCUGGUUGGAUCUGCUAGCAUCGGGAUCUUCGUUUUUGCGUAUUCCUGGUGGUGGUGACAAGGGCUCUCUGCGUGAGGAUAAGGGGUCUCGUGCGCUUCAGGGCAUAGCCAACGACUUUUUCUCGGCCGCUGCACUCGGACUGGCAGCACAUCUGCGCAUAUACCCGAUCAUGCUCGUGCUUCCUUUGACUGUUGUUGCUUUGAAUAUUGAUCGAAAGAAUUGGACAAGCUGCUGGAAAUUCAGCUUAAGAAUUCUUCCUCUACUGAUUCGCCAUUUCUUCUUCGCUGGACUUGUUUUCUUAGGCGCCUCCUUGCUCAGCUACAACGCGUUUGGCUGGGAGUACAUCGAUUUCGUCUUCCUGUACCAUACACGACGCGUCGACUCACAGCAUAACUUCUCGAUUUACUUCUACCCGUUUUGGCUUUUUAGAGAGGAACCAGAGACGCAACAGCUGAUCAAAAAAGCUGCAUCAGUAGUGCAGCUUUUGGCGGUUGUGGGGACUGGGUUGACACCAUUGUUCUUCUCGAAGAAGAUCGCAACGACACCUCGUCUCCGGAUGAUGAACACAACAUCUUCAGUUUCUAGAUUUAGCACCACCGCUAUCGUAAAGAAAGACGUAAAAGAUGAAGAAGGUCGUGCGGGGGGAAACGAAAAACGGACGAGUACAACUCCGAGUGGGAAUCGGAGUACGAUGAAAAUGAGUAUUGCGAAACGGAAACGUAUUAUGAGUAGUGCCCAACGCAAAAGCCGAGAAAGUAGCCCUUCUCCCACGAAGAGAGGCGGACGAAGUCGUACUCCGAAUAGAAGAGAAGAAAUGCAGCUAUUAUCUACUAGCGUGCUUCAAGUUCAAGAACAUGAAACUGAAAGCAAGCAGGAGCACAGACACAAGGUCCUCUCACUACUUAAAGCGGCAAGCCUACAGAUGAUCGCUUUUGUUGCUUUAAACCGGGUGAUCACAGCGCAGUACUUUUUGUGGAUAUUUCAGUUUCUGUCAUGUUGGCUCUCUUGUGAGCUAAUGAAGAUACCUCUGAUGGAAUGUUAAGGGUUGGAAGUUGACCUAUCAUCAUCUAAGAGCAUCUCGUCUAUGGCUUCUCCUGCAAGUAGAAAAGCCAUAUUAAGUAGAUAAUAUGCGAGCUAGAUGAGACGGCAACUUUCAACCCCUAAGAAUGGGAAUGGGAAGACAGAUAUGUAGGAAGGGGAAUGCGAAGAUUACUCCACCUUCUAGGAACACAUGAAGAUCAUGAGGAUUUUCACGAGGCGUUCCUACGAGUAAAAAGUAUUCCAGUUAAGGCCACACGAAAUCCAUCUUCACAGGCAUCCUGAGACCGUGCGCCUCUAAGGGGGAAAAGGUUCUAGGAUGGGCUUGAAGGUGGAUAUCUCUUCGUUCUAAUCCAAAAAAAGGGAGAAAUGUUAUCGUAUCUCUAUUUUACUGGGCUGUAGCCGAAUUUCACUGGUUGGCCUGGGCUUACCUAUUGGAAUUCCAGAAAAUGUACUGGGUGCGCCCUAUCCUGUGGGUAGCGUCACUCCUUUUCCUAGCAGCAAAUACUCAUAUGGCAUACAGGAUAUGGAAAGUGGAAGCUUAGAUGUUUAGAUUGUCACUUGUCCUUUGAAUUGGAGCGGUCGUCACUUGUCCUUUGAAUUGACCUGCUUUCACCUUAACAAUACGAAGGAGAAACAAUAACAGAGAGAAUUUAUUAUCAGAGAUGAUGAUGAAUGAGAGAAC